AGACAGCAUGGCAUCAGUUGGGCGUAGCCAUCCAGAACUGCUGUGCGGCAAUUCUGGCUUCCUGGAUCCGACCCACAAGGACGCUGUCAACCUCGUGCGCGUCCUCUACGCCGAGCUGGCUCGCCUCUUCCCCGACCAGCUUGUGCACCUCGGCGGACAGGACUUCUCGCCCUCAUGCUGGAGCAACGAUUCUGACAUGCAGAGACGGAUCGAGGAGUCCCGAGGGAGCGUGCAGGCGUAUUCCACGCUCUUCUUCGAUUCAUUAUUCCUGAUUCCUAAUCGUUUGCACAAGGCCGCCGUGGUAGCAGACGAAAUUAUCGAGCGCUGGAACAUUACGGUGCCCCGAAUCGUGCUCGUGGAAGUUCCGUCCUCUCGAGUGGCUGGUCGCAUGGGUCCAGUGACGUCGGCUGGCCACCGAGCCCUGGCCUUCUGCGACGGACUGCUGGAGCACAACUGGACCCGCCUGUACACCUGCGAUCCACUCGGGUUCGAAGGAACUGAGACUCAGAAGAGGCGGGUACUAGGUGGCGGCACAGGACCAACGGGACAAUACAUAGACGGCACCAACAUCAUUAGCAGAACUUGGCCAUGGGCGUCAGCCGUGGCCGAGGCACUCUGGAGCCCCCGUAAACACACGGAUUUGCUAGGCGUCGAAAGAAGGUUGGAGCAAAUGCGUUGCCUUAUGCUCAAGAGAGGAUUCGCUGCGCAACCUGUAGGGCCCGGGUAUUGCCCAUGCGACCUUCUCUACUGAGAAGAAGAAAAUACCAGUGUAAAAUGAACUACUUUGAAGAAA